AUUGAUAUGCAUAAACAGUCACGCUUCUGCGAUCCGCGAGCUUAAGGUCACUUUGACAGUGUCGCGAAGUUAUGGAGUUGGCAAGUGGCGAGCUCCAACAACCUUCGGAGAACCUUUCCUUUCGUCAUAUCUAUCAAGCAUGGGUCGACUCGAAUUACGGCGAGCACAGUCGUACGAAGACCAUCACACGAAGUAAAUACACGAAAAUAUGUCGAUAUCUCAUGGGCGAGGAAGUUGAGACAGACGCGAAGUUUCGAUUUUGGGUGAAAUCGAAGGCAUUUCGUAUUUUACGACACCAACUCAAUCCCAGCAUCGUCGCGCUGUGUGUUCCGGUAAACGGUGUAAAAAGGCAGAAUGCUUUGACCGGAUUUGAUACUAACGGGAACCAACAAGCCUUUGGCGUUACCGAAUUCCGUCAAGUAGCCGUAGUCGAAGAUUUCUACAGCAUUAUUCGCAGUGUACAUAUCACCGACCGGGGAGUUCAUGUCGGCCAAAAGAAAACCUACAAAGCAGUGGCUCAAACGUAUUCGUUUCUCCCGCGCGAGGCAGUGUCUUACUAUCUUAUGAGCUGUAACCAUUGUAAACUUCGUAUCCAGACCUCCAACUCUAUCCUCAUCAAACACGGUGUUCCUCCCACCCACGUGGACAGUGACAAUGAGGACCUCACUGAUGGAGAAGGUUCUGUAUCAAGCAACGAAAAAGAUUUUGAUGCAAAAAAGACUGAGGAGCCUGCUCGAAAAAGAGUAAAGAGAGAGAAAGUCUUGGACAAUGACUAUAUUCACGAGAAUAGCAUGGAUAUUUUGGAUAAAUUUGACACAAGUCCUGAAGGUAGUGAACAUGAAAAUGGUAGUGGCGAUCCGGAGUAUGUUCCAAAUGGUAUACAUCAUCCAGAAAUGGUGAAAUCAGAUUGCGAUUGUUUGCCCGAGGAAAUGAAUCAAGAUAUAGAUCUUUCACAGUCAUCUCAGAUGAAGAGAAUGAACAAUACCAGCAGCAGUUUGAUAGGAAAGACUCUCACGAGAGGAAGAAGAGGUGGAGGUGGUGGCAGACGUCUUAGUUAUUCACCAGAAACUGACAAACAACUCCUUGAAUGGGUGCUAGAAAGAAGCAAAAGUGGUUUGCCCGUGACAAGGGAAUCUAUUCAGUCCCAGGCUCUUGUCCUUGUACGGGAUGAAUGUCCAGAUUUUAAAGCAUCCAGUGGUUGGGUGGAGAAAUUUUUGAUACGUCAUAAGUUCAGACUUCCAUCAAGAGCAAGUAUUGUUGAAAACGGUAGUGUUACAAGAAGAGGUCCGCCUCCACUAGUAUCCAAUGGAACACGAAGCACGUCUUCGUCACCAGUUCCCAGUCCUUUAUCUGAGAACACAAGUGACGUGGACAAGAACGAAGAUACAUCUUUCAACGUCGGUAAUGUGGACACCGUUAAAAAGGGCCUGCGACGAGCAUGUAGACGUCAAGGAAAAGAUAACAAAGACGACGAAGAGGAGGAUGAUGACGAAGGCGAUGAAGGUGAAGGUGAACCAGAAAAACCCGUACCGGAGAAUGUCAAUCCUGAACGACUGAAAGCUUUUAAUGUGUUUGUGAGGUUAUUCGUCGACGAAAACCUCGAUAGACUGGUUCCUAUUUCUAAACAGCCAAAAGACAAAGUGUUGGCCAUCAUUCGUGCUUGUCAGCGGCAGUUCCCCGAGUUCAAUGAUCGUGCGAGAAAGAGAAUCAGAACUUAUUUAAAAUCUUGUAGACGUAUGAAAAAACCCAAUGAACCGUUGAGGAGAACCGCUGAUCAAAUUAAUUCUGUUCCUUCAAUGUCGUCAGCACAAAUGCAAGAAGUGAAUAAUAUUUUAGCAUCUGCAUGUGCAAACGAGGCAAGUCUUGGUGACCAUGGAGACAUGCGCACUCUCUAUGCUCCGCCUGUUCCUUCACCAGUAAACAAGCAUCAAGUUUCCGUCGGUAAUGGUCGUACACCCUCGCCUGCACCAUCACAAAAUGCUGUAUCAUCAAGCACCUUGUCGAAUGCAUCUUUAUCAUCAGCAAAAUCAUUUGCAGUAUCUUCCGUAACACUGCCUCUCGCUGCUGUUGGACCAGAAUCUUUGGCUGCCGCUCGGGCGCGAGUUGGGGCGGAGUUUAAGCUCAACACGACUGACGUUACCGCUAUACGUCAACUGAUCAAUGGUUAUCGUGAGUCCGCUGCAUUUUUAUACCGAUCAGCGGACGAACUUGAGGCCUUACUCCCGGCAUCCAUGUUAUCGUCCCAAAAGGCCGUGCACUAAACUCGUAAACUUUCGUGCGCCAUUCGGACGCUUUCGUUUCUUGUUUGCUCAUGAAGACUACGAGCAAAAUGGAAAUGUUAUUUAUUCUUAUAAUGGCCAUUUUUUCUGGCUCAUGAUGUUCACGUGUUCACGGAAAAUUUUUCAAUUCGCAAAGCACAUUGUUUUGAAAAGAUUUCAGUUAAUUAAAGGCGAUGUAGUUAGCCUCGAGUGAAACUCCUAGAUUUUUAAUUUUGUUAUCACUGGAUGGUAUUUGCGUCGUCAUAUAAUCACGCUUGUCGUUUUAAACAGCAAAUUAGAUUUGACAAUCAAGUAACUAUGAAUGGAAUAGUAAUUUUUUAUCUUUAUAUGUUUUGUAUAAGUCGUGUUUCCUUCCAAUUACGCGUUGGAAACACGUGAUCGCACGAUAGAGACACGUGAUAUAAUAAUAGUAAGCGACACCAGAGCACAUGUGACAUUUAAUUUAUUUAAUAAAUAAGUAUAUUUGCAUUGUAAAA